CACAAAACCCACUCAAACCAAAAAAAUGGGACAUUCCAACACUGAUGAUGAUGUCACUACUGACUCCUCCUCUGCCGCAGAGUCGGGCACUUCUUCCACCAAGACCGAUUCCGGAAUCAUCGAAUAUGAAGACGACGACGACCUCUCCUCUGAUUUAUGCCCCUUCUUUGUGGGAGAGAAGGUCCUCGCUUAUCACAACACUCACAUUUACGAAGCCAAGGUGAUCAACACUCAAUUUCACUACGAAUGGAGGGUUCUUAUUCAUUAUCAUGGAUGGAACAAAAGUUGGGAUGAGUGGGUACGCCUGGAGAAUAGGGAGAAACAGCAGCUCGCCAGUAAGAAAGACGGUACAAACAAGGAUCCAAAACCAUCACGCACAGAGGCUAAACCAACAAGUCAUCAUGGUGCAAGUGGCAGGAAGAGAAAGAAUCACUCUGCUGUUAAGGGUGCUAUAGUCAUGGAUGAAUUUGUAAUUCGAAUGCCACCUGAAUUAAGGUUCCAACUAGCUGAUGAUUGCCAAUCAGUUACUCAUCUGGGUAAGCUUGUUAAACUUCCCCGGACUCCAAAUGUUGAUGACAUACUGAAGAAGUAUCUUGAAUACAGAUCAAAGAGCGAUGACUUGAAAGCUCAUCCCCUUGAAGAGAUUUUGAAAGGACUAUGUUGCUACUUUGACAAAGCACUGCCAGUGAUGCUUCUUUACAAAAAUGAGCGUCCACAGUAUGAGAAAGCAAUUGUAGAUAAUGUCUCUCCUUCAUCUGUAUACGGUGCGGAGCAUCUAUUACGCCUCUAUGUUAAACUGCCCGAGUUGUUAGUGGAUGCUAAUAUUGAAGAGGAGACUUUGAAAGAGCUGGUGCAAAUAUUGGUCGACUUUCUCAAGUUCCUACAUAAGAACCAGAGUGCAUUCUUCCUCUCUUAUGACCAUUUACCAGAAGAUACUGAAAUCAGUACACAAGAUCACAAAGAAUGGAAAGGAAGGAUAUAUUUUUGCAAUAAUUCGUACAUAAUAUUGUAAAACUACAGCUAUUGUGCAGUCUCUUGGCACCGGUUUUGAGCUUUUUCCAAGCUCCAAAAGCAGGUGACUUCUUGUAUUCGCCGUGUAAUGUUGUGCAUGUAAUAUGUUUCCAACAUAUACCAUAUGCCUUUUGAAACUUCUCUAAUAAAAAAUGUGACGGAAGGUGGAGGUUGUACCUUUUGUGAUCUAGUUCUUAA